CGGGUGGUAACCGCGCUUUGGGACAGGCUGCCCGGGGAGCCCGGGCACUCGCCCUCGCUGCAGAUAUCCCAGAACGGUCCGGACGCGAUGCUGUGCAGUGUCCUCUGGGACGACCCUGCUGGAGCGGGGAGAUGGGAGCGGGCAGAGCGCUGUGCUUUUUCUUGGGAAUCAUGAACACCAGGCAGCAAAGCAAACUUAUCUACUCCUGGUAUGGAAAACCCUUGAGUUCAGACAGAAAGCUGAGGAUUUCCCAGUACAAGGGGAUCCUUAUUACAUCAGAAAGCAGCAAAACAGAAACCUGUAUACAGCUUGGUGACUUUAUUUUAGUAGAAGGGGUGAAUGCAGAUCAGCCUUAUGUGGCACAGCUCAUGGAUUUAUAUGAAGAUGGUGCCCAGCACAAACGUGCAGUGGUGCAGUGGUUCUGUCGUUUGGAGGAGAUCCCUCAGAACAAACGGAAGCUGCUUAAAAGAGAGAUUCCUGCCCAGGAGGUGUUUUUUGAUCAAGUUCUUGGCUAUGACACCGAUAUAGCUGCAGAGACCAUUAUUAAAACCAUCAUGGUAUUACCACUACAUCUGGGUGAGGAGCUGCCUAUUAUCACAUUAAACAAGGAACAAACUUUCUAUGUCAGACAGUCUUGGGAUGGGAAGUGCUUUAAGGUUUUGUCCCCAGACACAUUCUCUAAGCUGAAAGAAGCUAACAAGAAAAGAGGUGUCAUCACAAACUCUUCAAAAACAUCUACUCCUUCGGACAUCCUUACACCUGUGAAAAAAGAGACGGAGAGUGUUGUUCGGAGUGCCACAAAACCAAAAAAUGCUGAUAUGGAAAUAGAAUCCAAACAUUCCACUUCCAAGUCCUCCCUUGCUAAGGAGAGGCAUUCUCGAAGGGUGGCUAAUAACGACAUCAAAACCCCAACAGCAAGGAAGAAGCUGGAGUUAAACAGUCCCACGAGAUCCAAAGCCAAGCUGCUGGGAUGUGAAGUUUUGGGUCUUUUGGAUGAUGACUGUGAUGCCGUAGCACCAUUAGAACCAUCAGCCCCUAAAAGAAAAGUGAAAUUCACAGGUGAAAUUUUAGGCUCACCACCAAAGAUCCCCUGCAGCAAUGCUAAGUCCAAGCCAACAUGUGAGACUGUGGAGCACCGUCAGAGGUCCAGUGACACCAUAAGAUUGUCCCCCUACACUAAAGUCAAAGAUUUCCAUGAAAAAGACUGGAAUCUUGAUGAGGAAGAUGACAUUCUGUUAUCUUUAGUUGGAUAUCAGAAACCAAGCAGCCAGAUGCCUGUGCUGACCCCUCGUUCUCGCAGAACAUGUGCACAGAAAACCAGUGCUCUCAUUGCAGAGCAGAUCAGCAUGUUGGACCAGGAAGAUUUUUCAUCUGGCUCUGACAGUUCCUACUCUUCAAGUAGUGAGGAAGAGGAGGAUGAUGAUGACGUGCCCUGUACACCAGAAAAAACCCCUAAAUCUAGCAAAAUAUUCAGCACCCCAAAAUCUUCAAGGAAGUCAGCAGUUCACACUCCUGCAAAGACACCGAAGAAAACUCCUUUACAGGGCACACCCAGAACCCCCCGGACACCCCGGAAUGCAACUCCAGAAAUUCCCAGGCGUGUCCAGGCAGCCCAGGAACCAGCCAGUGUACUGGAAGAAGCCAGAUUAAGGCUGCAUGUUUCUGCUAUCCCAGAAUCUCUGCCUUGUCGUGAGGAAGAAUUCCAGGAUAUCUAUAACUUUGUGGAAAGCAAACUUAUUGAUGGCACAGGAGGGUGCAUGUACAUUUCUGGAGUGCCUGGAACAGGUAAAACUGCCACUGUUCAUGAAGUAAUUCGGUGUCUUCAGCAAGCUGCAGAAAAUGAGGAACUGCCACCAUUCCAGUUUGUGGAGAUCAAUGGCAUGAAGCUGACAGAUCCUCACCAAGCCUAUGUGCAGAUAUUAGAGUUCUUGACAGGUCAGAAGGUGACAGCAACCCAUGCUGCAGUACUGCUGGCAAAGCUGUUCAGUACACCUGGACCAAAGAGGAAGACCACAGUGCUGAUAGUGGAUGAGCUUGAUCUGCUGUGGACCCGGAAGCAGAACGUGAUGUACAAUUUAUUUGACUGGCCAACCCAGAAGCACUCCAAGCUAAUCAUCCUGGCCAUUGCCAACACCAUGGACCUGCCAGAGAGAAUCAUGAUGAACAGAGUAGCAAGCAGGCUGGGCCUCACCAGAAUGUCCUUUCAGCCCUACACCUACAAACAGUUACAGCAGAUUGUUUCAUCCAGACUGAAGGGAGUGAAGGCAUUUGAAGACGAUGCAGUUCAGCUGGUUUCCAGAAAGGUGGCAGCGCUGUCGGGGGACGCGCGGCGGUGCCUGGAUAUCUGCAGAAGGGCCACGGAGAUCUGCGAGUUGGCCAGGCAGAAGAGAGCCCCGGAGAUCGUCAGGAUGGCCCACGUGACUGAAGCCAUAGAUGAAAUGUUCUCAUCACCAUAUGUCAGUGCAAUCAGGAAUGCUUCUUUGUAUGAACAAAUCUUCUUGAAAGCAAUUUUGGCAGAGUUUCGCAGGGCAGGAGUUGAGGAGGCGACAGUUCAACAGAUCUACCACCACUACGUGGCCUUGUGCAGGGUGGAAGGCCUGCAGAGCCCCACGGUGUCAGAAAUCAUGGCAAUUUGUUCAAGGCUGGGUGCCUGCAGGCUCUUGCUGGUGGAGGCCAGCAAUAAAUAUCUGCACGUGCGGGUGCGACUGAACCUCAGCCAGGAUGAUGUCAUGUAUGCACUCAGGGAGGAAUAAAGCAAAAGAGAUUUUAUUGCUUUUAAUAUGUAUAAAUAUUUUAAAUAUCGUCUAUUUUUUUUUUUAAUUAUUGAUAAAAUGGAAAUAGUGAAAUGUAUUUUUUUAAAGGCUUUGCUUAUUUGUUUGAUGCAUGAAAGCACUCUUUUAAUAAUAAAGAAUUAAUUUUAAAGCA